AUGUUCUUCAAGAGACUCACGUUAUCAAACAGUUUAUCAAAUUUAUCUUUCACCACAUGUCGAGGAUUGUCUACGCUUGGUUUGACGUAUGAAAUCUGUUCACCUUGCGGCAGUCUUCCUCGGUUCCUUGUCAAUGCAUCAAUAGUCCGUAAGCAUCCCACUGUUGGCCGCGAGAGAAAAUUACUGAGUCCUUAUUCGUGGUUCUCCAGCGGCUGUGGUAUAUCCUAG